GGAAAUGUUCCAUCGAACCGACGUCUUCGGAGCGCGCUCGGCCCAUGCCUGGGCUCUGCAGAUAGCCGGGAGGUUAGACACAGAACUUAUACAUUCAAUGUCAGUAUAUUGAAUAAGUCACUGGUAACUGCCACUCCUAAGACCCCGCAAUAGCGUUUUUCGAUAAUUUAGCAGGAUGUAUGAAGGUCUUCUUGUCCCACAAACAAUAUUUCUGACCCAUACUUAAUCCCCUGGAGUACACAUAGCGACACUUGUCAUACUCUUGGCUCACGGCUUCUUACGCGACACCCCACAUUCUAACAGCUCCUUGCACACAACGAGAAUGGCGACCGAUCUUCAGUGGCAGAACCUUCCGUUUGAUGUUGUGCAGCAAAUUAUAGACGCGGCAGCUCGCCUGCCAGCUGACAAUUAUCCUGCAACUACCCUCGACGACCAGCUGCACUCUCACUCUCAGCCCCUGUCAUCCCUAGCCUCAUCGCCUUCUUCGCAGUCUUCUACCUCAACAUUACUAACUCAGACCCACAAGCCAGAUGCCAGCGUUCUAAGCGAGCCCCAUGACGAGCUACUUCAACACAUUAUUCGUUCCAUGCGCCUCGUCUGCAUCCCUUGGCGCGAUGCAGCUGCCUCGGCUGUGACCCAGCUACAACUGCAAACCUUAGACAUGCUACGCCCGGGCAGGCCGCUGUCGGCAAUCUUUCCGGAGCUCACUUCCUUGGACCUUUCGUCGCACACAUUGUGCGAUGAAGAAGUGGCGCUGCUGUCCGGCUGCCGCGGUCUGAUGGACCUCAGGCUCUCCGCCCAGCGCCUAACUUCUGAAGGCCUGGCGGCUCUUGCCCCUCUCACAGCUCUAGACCGAAUCGAGCUGUCCAGCCUCCGAGUGCCGUACGGUCUCGCCCACCUGCUGGCGGCGCUGCCAGGGUUACGACACGCCACCAUCCGCGGCUGCUCGCUGCCGCUGCUGCCGCCGUCGCCAGCGCCGCCGCCGCCUGCCGGCCCGCCGCCGCCGCCGCCGGCCCCUGUCGUGCUGCCGCCGCACACGCUGUUUGCGCCGCUGUCACCCGUACAGAAGCGCUUCCCGUCGGCGCGCACGGUGCUGACGUCAGCGUCGGCCGCUGCGGAGGUGGCUCCUCUGGGCCGCUCUGGCGGCUGUGCAAAACUUCAGGAGCAGCAGCAGCAGUCGGCGGCGGUGGCGUCCGUACCAGUGUCGCCUCCGCUGCCCGUUGCGCGCAAGAAAGCGGCCUCGGCUCCGCCUCAGCAGCCGACUGACGUGCCAACUGGGCGCCGUUACGCACCGCCUCCGCCUCCGCCGCCAGGCCCCCCACCGCCGCCACCCGUAUUCCCCGCACAGCGCGCCGUACAGAUCCGUCCCUGCCGGCAUGCACCGCCGCCGCCGCCGCCAGGUCCGCCGCCGCCACCUCCGGCGCUGUUCCCUGCUACCGGCCACCUGCGCACCCGCCGCUCGGCUGCUGCGGGCUCCUCCUCCACCCUCACCUCCUCCGCCUUGACGGCUGCCGCUGCUGCUGCCGGCGGUCCGAGUUCAGGGGGUGUAGGCUCCGCCGCCGCCGCCGCGGAGGCUGCGAUGGCGCCCGCUGAGGCCGCAGCGCGCUUGGCGAUGGCGAUGUACGGCACCGCUACGGACACCACCAGCAGCAGCAGCAGUGACACAGACAGCGGCGGCGAGACACCCACUGCCUCCGCCUCCGCAGCUCCCUCCUUUCCAAACCCCGCUGCACCCCCUGCACCCUCCUCUCCUCCUCCUUCCUCCUCGCCUCCGCCCUCCUCCUCCCCCUCCUCCUCGCUUCCCUCCCUCUCCUGGUGCGCCUCCGUGCCCUCGCUGCGCUCGCUGCACCUGGUGGAGGUGCGCGGGCAGUGGUGGGGUCUGUCCGCCCUCAGCAGCCUCACGGAGCUGCUGCUGCGCGACUGCUGCAGGCCCGAGCAGCAGGGGCAGGCCGGCAGCCCCUUCACGCAGCUGGCAAGCAGCCUCACGGGCCUGCGCCGCCUGGCUCUGUGCGGCGGCUCCAGCCAGCUGGGCGGGAGCGACCUGGCUGGGGGGGUGGGGCGGCUGGUGCGGCUGGAGGCGCUGGUGCUGGAGGCGCCGGGGGUGGUACCACACCAGGUGGUGCUGCGGCAGGACCUGGACCAGCUGCUUCCCGCGCUGGCCCCCCUCGCCCCCACGCUGCGCUGCCUGGUGCUGCGGCGGCCGGGGUGGAACCUGGAGCGGCUGCGGGCGCUGGCCCCUCUCACCGGCCUCACGCGGUUGGAGGUGGGGGAGGCGGGGGCGGCGGCGGCGGGGAGGGGAGGAGGCAUCGUGGCACCUG